AUGGCAGGGCGAGGCCGCGGCGGCGGCAGACGCACCGGGACUCCACUCCCGCCCCGCGGUCCGACGCCUGCGACGCCGCGGCGGGACCUGCUCGCCAAGGAAGAGGAAUAUAAGCGUUUAAAUGCAGAAUUGGAGGCAAAAACAGCUGAUCUCGUUCGACAAGCUGAGGAAGCAAUAAGAGAUCAGCAAGAAGUACGAUCUCAGCCUAUUUCAACACAAAUUAAAUCGUAUGAAGAUGAGGGUGAUUACAGUUUAAGCGGUCUAUUAUCUGAAGGGACAGUUCCCCUAUAUUCAGAAACUCAGCCAAAGAGCAAAAAUGUUGAUACAGUAAACAAGGUUAAAAAAAAGCUACACUUUGCAAAUAAAGGAAAGAAAACAAAUUCAAGUAUGAAGUUGAAAUACUCUGAUGUACCAACUGCCAAUGACGUUGCCAUUCCAGAGGAUUUCUCAGACUUUUCUCUUGCAAAAACAAUUAGCAAAAUUGAAGGGCAACUGGAAGAAGGAGGCUUACCUGAUUACAUAGAUGAUGAUAUUUUUUGUGGUGCUAGUAAAGACAUUGGAACAGAAGCACAGAUCAGAUUUCUGAAGGCCAAACUCCGUGUUAUGCAGCAGGAACUGGAUAAUGUUGUAUGUGAAUGCAAUAGAAAGGAGGAUGAAAUUGAGGAUUUAAAGUCUCAAGUAAAAAAUUUUGAGGAAGAUUGUGUAAGACAGCAGCGAACAAUUAAUUUGCAACAGUCUCAAACAGAAAAAUACAAAACUCUUUUCGAAGAAGCAAACAAAAAAUGUGAUGGAUUACAGCAACAGCUGUCUUCAGUAGAAAGGGAAUUAGAAAAUAAAAGAAGACUACAAAAACAAGCGGCCACUACUCAAAGUGCCAAAGAGGUUCGCUUGAAUAGGGCUCUAGAAGAAGCAGAAAAAUAUAAAUUGGAGCUAAGUAAAUUAAGACAGAAUAACAAGGAUAUAGCAAGUGAAGAACACAAAAAAAUUGAAGCAUUAAAAUCAGAAAACAAGAAGCUAGAAAAACAAAAAGGAGAAUUAAUGAUGGGGUUCAAGAAACAAUUAAAAUUAAUUGAUGUUUUAAAAAGGCAGAAGAUGCAUAUUGAAGCUGCCAAGAUGCUGUCUUUCACUGAAGAGGAAUUUAUGAAGGCACUUGAUUGGGAAAAAUCUUAA